AUGAUGUCUUCCCCCCCUACUUCCCCAAGACUAUCCAGUAAUGCAGCAAUGCGUCGAAAGAAUACUGUUCCUCCAGGAUUUCGUGCCCCCCUUCGAGAGAAACCCAAGCCUAUUUCAGAAAUGUCUGUUCGAGAACUACAAGACCGCUAUGCGAAGAACUCCAAGACGCUAUCAUCACCUGGUGCAUCGACAUCAACCUAUGCACAGAGGAUCGCGGCUGAGCAGGUCGCGAUUGUAAGUCAACUCGAAAUACAUGGAAUGGAUGUUAUCAAUACCGGUAUGAUGAAUACGAGGAUAGGCGAUAAUAUACCAGUACCUCACGCACCCGAAUCCCCCAUGAGCAGGGCAAUUGAUGCAAAGCGACGAGCGUUGGCGAGAUUCGGCGAUACCCACGGAGCUGUCGGGUCGCUGAACGUGCAAGAGGCAAUCGAUAUUGAACAGCGAGCUCAUGCUCAGGAUCGUGAACGACAGCAGAAACUCAUUGAGAAACGAAGACGUCAAGGACUACCUGUCAAGGGAGAAGUACUCACCAGAGCAGAAGUUGAAGCUCGGCUUUGGGCAUUUAUGAACCACAAACCUACAGAAUCCGAUCUGGAAGAAGAAGAAGACGACGACGACGACGACGAUGAUGACCCUGCGACGUGGUUUGAUGAUGACCAGGAUGAUGGUCGGAAAGGUCAAGACAUUGUCGAACCAGACGAGGAGGAUCUAUCAGAAAUUAUACGGAUCGACCACAACAAACUCUGCUAUAGUACCUUCUAUGAGCCUCGUUACGACGGCGAUUGA